AUUUCUAACUGAAGAUGAGGAACCAGCUCUGAAGACCUACUGAUGUCCACCUUUCCCGGACMUUUCGGCUUCGGCAUCACUUAUUACCCAGGAGGACACAAUCUAUUUAGAUCAUUUACAGACUGUUUCACUAAACUGGUUCAAAGUGUGACUUCUAUAUAUAUUGGCAUUUGCCUGGUUUGAAUAAUUUGAACUGAAUUGCUGCCGUGUGAAUUUGGCUGGUGGACAUUAAAUUGUGCGUUUAAGCUAAGCUGAACUGCUGCUGGCUGAAACUCUGUUCCCCACCCCCUUGUUACAAAGGGGUCUUUUUUAGCCCCGUCCUCUAGAGACUAAAUCCUUCCAGUCACCAUCCCAGAUUCCCGCACCUCCUCAGACCCAUUCCAAGGGCCUUCAGCAUUGUCUUCAACCUCUCUGAGGAGGAUUCAUCUCCUCCUCCUCUUAAAAUUCUAACAACGUCUUUUGACCGCUCAGACAUGGACCUCCACAGGGCAGCCUUCAAGAUGGAGAGCUCCUCCUAUCUGCCUAAUCCUCUUGCCUCCCCAGCCCUCAUGGUCUUGGCCUCCACAGCUGAAGCUUCCCGCGAUGCUUCAAUUCCCUGCCAGCAGCCACGUCCGUUCGGAGUCCCAGUUUCUGUCGAAAAAGACGUCCAUUUGCCAUUCAACAAUGGCUCCUACACUUUUGCAUCAAUGUACCACCGCCAAGGUGCAGUCCCACCAGGAUUUCCCAACAGGGAUUUUCCUCCAUCCCUCCUCCACCUGCAUCAUCAGUUUGCACCACCUAACCUGGACUGUUCACCCAUCAGCAUGCUGAAUCACAGUGGCGUUGGCGCCUUCAGGCCCUUUGCCUCACCUCCUGAAGAUCGGGACGGGGCACCAGGCGGUUAUCAGUCUGCUUUCACUCCAGCCAAGCGCCUUAAGGGCUGCCUGGAUCCUGAGGCUUCCCCCCACCUGCGGUACUCUGAUGCUGAAGGGAAAGAGUAUGAUUUUGGUGGUGCUCAUAUUCCUCCUGGAGGCUCACCCAGCAGCGCACUGAAGGCCGUUGAGGACAGUGGGAAAAAGAUCUUCGCUGUGUCAGGGCUCCUGUCCGAUCGAGAGACUUCUUCCAGCCCAGAAGACCGCAUUGAGCGCUCUCUGCCAAGAUUGAUUUCCUUUCUCGCAGUUUCAAGCAAACCUCUCCAAUAUAGUAAAAAGAAGAUGUCGCUGUACGACAGCCAGGCACCGGUGUGUCCCAUUUGUCAGGUGCUGCUCCGACCCGGAGAGCUACAGGAGCACAUGGAGACAGAGAUCGAGAGGCUAGCUUCCAUAUGCCUCAGUAAGAACCCUUCUCCGAAAGACGGUGCAGCCACUCCAGGAACCCCCAAGUCCAUGCUGCUGUCAGUGCACAUCAAGCGUGAAGGAGAAUCCCCUGUUGUCUCACCCCUGUCGUCUGAAGACGCCCACCAUUCGGACAGAUACCAGACAUUUUUACGGGUUCGUGCAAACAGGCAAACAAGAUUGAAUGCCCGUAUAGGGAAGAUGAAGAGGAGGAAGCCUGAGGAGGGGGGCCAGGUAUGUCCGCUGUGCAGUGCCCCACUGGCUGGGAGCGAGGAGGAGAUGAGUAGACAUGUGGAACAAUGCCUGAUCCAGCGCGAGGGUGCUUUAGCUGACGAGGACUCGGUGGACAUGGACGGAGAAAACGGGCGGGGCUUUGAGGAGUACGAGUGGGCGGGGCAGAAGCGGAUCAGAGCUACAGCUUUGUUGGAGGGAGGCUUCAGAGGAACAGGCUUUGCAACAUGUAGCAUCAAGGAGAGCGCAGCAGACAGUGACGCUGACCUCGAUGUGGAUGGGGACGACACCUUGGAGUACGGUAAAGCCCAAUACACUGAAGCCGAUAUCAUCCCCUGCUCUGGUGCUGGUGAGGACCAAGGAGAGGCCCGGGAGAGGGAGGCACUACGAGGAGCUGUGCUAAAUGGUGGCAUGCCUUCUAACAGAAUAACGCCUGAAUUCUCUAAAUGGGCCAGCGAUGAGAUGCCUUCCACAAGCAACGGAGAGAGCAGCAAGACMGACCCAAGCACUCCUUCAUCUUCCUCAUCUUCCUCUUGUGCCCCUCGAACCUGUAAAAACAGCGAGAUAGAAAAGGUGACUGAGGAAGAAUCAACAGCAACCACUAUGGAGGCUCUGAAAGCCCGAAUCAGGGAGCUAGAGAAGCAGAUACUUCGAGGAGACAGAUACAAGUGUCUCAUCUGCAUGAGAAAGCCUGCUAUCCAGUCAGGCGCGGAGAUCAGGAGCAUAGGGGUGUGGCCGGGGUCACGGCCACUGGCCAAAGAGGUCGGAGAGCGGCAACCUAAGUCCCUCCCCCUCGGCCUGUACUGCCUAUACAGGGGCCUUGUGAUUGGUGGCUACAGCAGCAGCAUAAAGAGRCUCCUCCCACAGCCCUUACGGAGGGACUCCUACACAAUGCCGCUCACCUCCAUCCAGUGUUGGCACGUUCAUUGUGAAGAGUGCUGGCUCAGGACUCUGGGGAACAAGAAGCUGUGCCCGCAGUGCAACACCAUCACCUCACCCGGAGAUCUGAGGCGCGUCUACUUGUAAAGAGCACAACCCUUGCCUUUUCAUUUUUCCAAUUCAUUCCUCCAUCGUGGAUUUCAUCUUUUCCCUAUCGUCAUUUGGUUUUCUCUCUUGUGGACUGGGUUUGAAGMUCUGUGAGGAGGUAGAGACUCACAUGGACUUGAAAUGACUCUCGUGCUGACUGCCUGGUCAUCCACUGAAAAAAAAAGGAGAUCUGCAAUUUCUAAUGGUUAACACGUUUGUUCCACCAUGAUGCUGAUGUCCAAAGAAGGACUUUUAGCCAGUGGAGAGCCUCAAAGCCUAGCUAAGUCCUGCUGACACCUGGUAGCUUCAUGAUGCUGGAGGGGCACCUGAAAGGAACUUCUGAUAACAAACUGAGACCCCUUUUUAUUUUCUCCUGCUUCUUUAACAUUUCAUCAGUGCUGGAUGGCAGGCACUACAAUAAGGACUUUACGGAAACGUUUACCUUCUUUUAUUUUUUUUAACCUUUUUUUUUUUCUGUUGCGGAAAGAAAACUUUGUCCUUCCAGAACUUUUUCCUUGAGGAAAUUUUAAAAAGGAACUGAUCCGUGAAAAUGAAGCUUUCAACCAAACUGAGAACAACCUGUAAACUUUUGAAAAUAAGUUUGACACUCUUGUCUCCUCCACUUCUUCACUUCCCUCUUCUCUCUUUUUGUGGUGUUCUAGUGAAGUAAACCAAAUUUUCUACCCCUCUUAAGAUGCAGUGCAAGCACAUGUAAUAUAGUUCUAUGUGUGUUUACAAUGUUAGGUGUAAAUGACAUAGAGUUCACUCAAAAACAUUACAUCAAACGAUACACAUUAAAGUAUACAUUAAAAUUMUGUUUUAAGUCGAACGUUAGUUUGGAAAUAAUGUUUGGGAGAAAAAAAAUGACCAGAAAAAAAGAGCCUUCUGUAUUUUUUGAGGGGAAAAAAAGAAAUUUUGAAGAUCUGUUGAAGUUUUGACUGUACRGGAAUUUAAGAAAAUAAGAAACUACUCAAGACUAGGUGGUUAAGAUUUCUGUGGUGUAAUUUUUUUCUGCAGGGUAUCCUUGAACUGUAGGUCCGAACAUGAAAAUAAGAACAGAUGUUAGUUUUAUUGAAUGGGGAGCUUCAUUUUGCCCAAUAUUCCCUGAAACUAAGCAGAGUAGUAGAAGGUUUUUUUUUUUAGAUUAUUAUCCAGCUGAGCUUCUGUUAAUCACCAUUUUUUCCUCUGGAUUUGCAAAACAUGUUCAGAUCAUAGUUUAUAU